GCUUAAUUCUGUCACCGAUCUCACUGAUCGAUUCAUCUUUAGAUUACAAAAUAAGAUGAUUCACGAUCGAUCAUAAAAUGUGGGUGGUAGCGCUAGCCUUUAAUUCUUCGUGUUUUACACCUUUUUCUUUUUUCUUUUUCUUUCAUUAUUGUAUUUUCGUUCAUACCUACCAUCGCCCUUCACUAAAUUAUAAACAGCAUGGACGGCCCAAACAGUAGACAGCACCUGCGGGAUAUACUGAAACACCUUAUUCUCGAGCCAACUGGCUUUACGCCCGAGCACGCAGCCGAUGGCUUGCGCUCGAUAAUGCGCGGUGAGGCCAGCGAUGCUCAGAUUGGCGGCUUUCUGACAGCACUGCGGCUGCGUGGAGUCGACAGAGACCCCAGUAUGAUUGCAGCCCUGGCCAAGGAAAUGCUCGGCAGCGCGCUCAUCCCCUCGAUAGAGACAGAGACGAAGACCAGACCAGGGUUUGGCAUCCUGGCCGACAUUGUUGGUACCGGCGGCGACGGAUGGAACACAUUCAACAUCUCGACCACGUCCUCGCUGGUGGCCGCCGCCGCAGGUUUAAAGAUGGCCAAGCACGGCAGCCGCGCGUCGUCGUCUAACUGCGGCUCUGCAGAUUUGCUCGAGAGCAUGGGCUGUGAUCUAAACACUGUCGCGCCCUCUGACGUGGCCGGUCUCCUGGACAAGCACAACUUUUGCUUUUUGUUUGCCAGCACGUUCCAUCCGUCGAUGCGCUACUUGGCAAAGUCCCGCCGCGAGCUGGGGUUCCCGACGCCAUUCAAUGUGCUGGGCCCGUUGACCAACCCGGUGGUUCCUGAUCGCGCGGUCAUCGGCAUCUACUCAAAGCAACUGGGCCCAGUUAUGGCCGAGGCGCUGAGGAUUCUCGGCCGUCGCAACUACGCUGUUGUGUGCGGCGACGAGGAUCUCGACGAAGUCAGCAUUGCUGGUUUGACGCAUGUGUGGCACAUCCAGGCCGACGGCGAAAUCAAGAACUACACGGUCCAUCCAAGCGACUUUGGAGUUGCCGCCCACCCGUUGUCGACGGCUGCUGGGUCCACGCUUGAAGAGAACAAUGCCACGCUACGGCGGUUGUUGAGCAACGAGCUGAAGAAAAAGGACAUCCCAAUUCGUGACUUUGUUCUAGUCAACACUGGGUUUUUGCUGUACGUAGCUGGUGUUGCUGCAUCGAUGAAAGAAGGUGCUGCGAUUGCCAGGCAAACUCUCGAGUCGGGCAAGACAAAAGAGCUGCUCGAAGACUUUGCCCAAGCCACCCAGGAGCUUAAGGCUGAGGAAAAGGCCACAGACACGCAGUUUUAGAAAAUGGAAUAAUGAGUAGCGAUCUUAUCACAAUAACGCUACAAGCUUAGAUAUACAUUUUUUAUAUUGACAAGAAU